AGACCCACCCGGACCGUGAAGGGAGACUCACCCGGGACGCGAGCAUGGGCCCCCGGAGGAGGCUGUUGCUGCUGCUGCUGCUGACGGUCUGUGUACCAGCCUCCCAGGGUCUGAGGUGCAUGCAGUGUGACAGUAACCAGAAGUGCCUGGUGAAGGAGUGUGCCCUGGGCCAGGAUCUUUGCAGGACCACCAUGCUUCAUGAAUGGGAAGAUGACCAUGAACUGGAGGUGGUAGUGAGAGACUGUACCCACUAUGAGAAGACCAACAGGACCAUGAGCUACCGGGUGAACUCGAAGAUCAUCAGCCUGGCAGAGACCGUGUGUGCCACAGAUGUCUGCAACAGACCCAGGCCUGGUGUCCGAGGGCUUGCCUUGUCCCGGGGACGGUACCUUGAGUGUGUGUCCUGCAGCUCUUUGGACCAGAGCUGUGAGAGGGGCCGGGAGCACAUCCUGCAGUGCCGCUAUCCUGAAGAGCUAUGUGUGGAGGUGGUGACCCUGGGGAACUCCGAAAGGAGCUCGAAGGAUGCGAACUAUACCAGAGGCUGUGGCAGUCUUCCUGGGUGCCCGGGCACAGGAGGUUUCCAUAGCAACCACGCCUUUCACUUCCUGAAAUGCUGCAACCACUCCAACUGUAAUGGCGGCCCAGUUCUGGAUCUUCAGGACUUACCACCGAAUGGCUUCCAGUGUUACAGCUGUGAGGGGAACAGCACCCAUGGGUGUUCCUCCAAAGAGACUUCCCUCAUUGACUGCCGAGGACCCAUGAAUAAGUGCCUGGAGGCCACAGGCUUAGAUGUGCUGGCAAACCGGAGUUACACCGUGAGAGGCUGCACCUCAGCUUCCUGGUGCCAAGGCUCCCAUGUGGCGGACGCCUUCCUCCUGGCCCGGCUCAACAUCUCCUGCUGUGACGGUAGUGGCUGUAAUGACCCCAGAAGCAGUGGUCCGGGGCCAGGCCCUGCCUACCUCAGCCUCAUCGGCUCCCUGCUCCUGACCUUCGGACUAUGGGGUGUCCUCCCCUGGAACUGAGUCCUGAGCCCAAGCCCUGGCUGGACCCAGGGACGAUUGUCCCCUUCCCGUCCCCCUCCCCCCGCCCGCCCGCCCCAUAGAUGUGACUCUCAUUGGGUUGCCUUUGGGCCUGUUUUUCCAAGAACCGGAAGAGAAGGGGACAGAAGGGGACCAGAACAAAGGCUGCAGGCAGCGGGGGUUCUUGGUUAAUAAUGUUGCUGUUGUUAUUAUUAU